AUGUCAUCGUUUGGCCGAGUUACCACCCGGGGCGGCGAUUCUGGGACACGUGACAGUCUUGAUCGGUACAAUCGCUUGGAUGUUUUGGGAGAGGGUACUUAUGGCGUAGUUUACCGCGCUGUCGACAAAAUCACUGGACAGUACGUUGCUCUAAAGAAAGUACGGCUUGAUCGAACCGAGGAGGGCAUUCCGCAGACUGCGCUGCGCGAGGUGUCAAUUCUGCAAGAGUUCGAUCACCCCAACAUCGUGAACUUGCUCGACGUCAUUUGUUCGGACGGAAAGCUCUACCUUGUCUUCGAGUAUGUGGAGGCGGAUCUCAAAAAGGCACUUGAAAAACAGGAAGGGGGCUACUCUGGAAUGGAUCUAAAGCGUCUUAUCUAUCAGCUUUUAGAUGGUCUUUACUUUUGUCACCGCCAUCGCAUCAUCCACCGUGAUCUGAAGCCGGCUAAUAUCCUCCUGACAUCGGCGAACAUACUCAAGCUGGCUGAUUUUGGUCUCGCCCGUGCGUUCCAAGUGCCCAUGCACACCUACACGCACGAGGUGGUCACGCUGUGGUACCGUGCUCCUGAGAUUCUUCUCGGUGAGAAACACUACACUCCUGCCGUGGAUAUUUGGAGUGUCGGCUGCAUUUUUGCCGAGCUGGCCCGCCGAAAAGUUCUUUUCCGUGGUGACAGCGAAAUUGGGCAAUUAUUUGAGAUUUUUCAAGUGCUGGGGACUCCUGCUGACGCCGAGGGGUCCUGGCCAGGUGUGUCGCGCCUGCCCGACUACCGCGACGUAUUUCCUAAGUGGACCGCAAAGCGGCUGGGACAGGUGCUACCAGAACUUCAUCAGGACGCUAUUGACCUUCUCUCUAAGAUGCUCAAGUACGACCCGCGGGAGCGCAUAUCAGCCAAGGAAGCCCUCCAGCACCCGUGGUUCAGCGACCUUCGAUGGUAG